AUGACAGAGCAGCCCCGCCGGGUCACGCAGGGACGAAGCCUGGCUCCCUGCACCCGUCUUCUCGUAGGGACCCAGAGGUGCCCCCGCCGCCCGCCCCCCCUCGACUGUGGGUCAGGAGCCCCCAGCGCUGAUGUGACGCAGGGGGACGCACCGCGCGGCCUCAUCAGCAGGGACCCCCACGGUCUGGAGGCGCAAUGGGCAGCGUCCUCUCUGCCUCCUGCAGUUCCUGGGGGCUCCCAGCCAUCCCGGCCCGUGGCUGGUAGGAGCAUCACCCCAACCUCCGCUUCAGACUCCAGAGCCUUCAAUGGGCCCAGCACCUGGGCAACCGGCAAUUCAGCCAAAAAGACAAACCCUGGCCUCUGGCCAUGGCACCGGCUCAUUCACGACUCCGCCCCAGAGGACCAGCUUCCUUUGUGUGGGGGCAGCGGAGCAGCCUCGGGGCUCAGAGGCUGCACGCAGCCGGGAGGAGCCUCGCUGGGCCCCCGGGCUGGUCUCUCUGGUCCCCCAGCAGCUGAGGCUUCGUGGGCGAUGACCUCAGGAAGAAGGGACCGCGCAGGGAGCUGCAGGGAGACCGCGUCUGCAGCUCUCAUCUUCACACAGAGCAUGUUUGCUUCUGGCUUCAAUUUUCAGUGA